AUUGAAGCUCCUAGGGGCUGUUUGUCAGGGAAAGGGGGCGACUUGAACGGGGUUUGGGUGUUUGGUGGGUGAUCUGGGGAGAUUGGUGGUAGCUUGACUGUGCUGAGGAGAGGCUGUAAUUGAGAUCAGGGAUAUUGGGCAGAGUUAGGGGAGGGAGGUUCAGGAUUACUAAGAGAGCAAGCGACGGUCUCAAAGCACUGGGGGAAGUUCCUGGGGAGAAUUGAAGAUUGGUCAGAGGCCACUGAGAGCGUCUGUGAUCGUCAGGGAUACAGGGGAGCGUUCACGUGAGUUGAUAGCUGCUCGGAGAUAGUCGCGAAAUCUCAACUCCGGCAUCAACUGAAGUCCAAGGAUGCCUCCUGCAGUUGGAGGACCACAGGGAUACACCCCACCAGAUGGUGGUUGGGGGUGGGCCGUGGUGUUCGGAUCCUUUAUCUCCAUUGGUUUCUCCUACGCUUUUCCCAAAGCCAUAACGGUCUUCUUCAAGGAAAUCAAGGAGAUCUUUGAUUCCACUGACAGCCAGGUUUCCUGGAUCUCUUCCAUAAUGCUGGCGGUGAUGUACGCUGGUGGCCCUAUUAGCAGUAUCCUGGUGAACAGGUAUGGAAGUCGGCCAGUGGUGUUGCUGGGAGGACUGCUGGCGAGCUCGGGCAUGGUCAUCGCUUUCUUUUGCAGCAGUAUUGUGGAGCUUUACUUCUGCAUUGGAGUGAUUGGGGGUCUCGGACUUGCAUUCAACUUGCAACCAGCACUGACCAUUAUUGGGAAGUACUUCUACAAGAAACGUCCUCUGGCUAAUGGGCUGGCCAUGGCUGGCAGCCCGGUGGUCCUCAGCACCCUGGCACCUCUCAACCAGUACCUUUAUGACAAAUACUCGUGGAAAGGAGGCUUCCUGAUCUUGGGUGGGAUCCUGCUGAACUGCUGUGUGGCCGGUUCACUUAUGCGCCCCAUUGACCCUCUGGCGACCAACACCCCUAAAGUAUCUGGGAGCGUCAAGCAAGAAGAGGGAGUAAAUUCUGACCUUCUGAAGAAAGAGCCAGAACCAAAGCUCAGUGUCUUCCAAACCAUCAACAAAUACCUGGACCUGUCGUUGUUCAAGCACAGAGGCUUCCUGAUCUACUUGUCUGGCAAUGUCAUCAUGUUUUUUGGUCUGUUUGCCCCUCUGGUAUUCUUAUCUUCCUAUGCCAAAAACAUGGGCAUUGAUGAGUAUAAAGCAGCUUUCCUGCUGUCCAUCCUGGCCUUUGUGGACAUGUUUGCCCGGCCAUCCAUGGGAUUUGUAGCCAACACCAAGUGGGUGAGACCAAAGAUCCAGUACUUCUUCUCUUUCUCUGUGCUGUACAAUGGUAUCUGCCACAUCAUGAUGCCCUUGGCGACGGACUACACCGGACUGGUCAUAUACACCAUCUUCUUCGGCUUUGCCUUCGGCAUGUUGAGCUCCGUCCUGUUCGAGACGUUGAUGGACCUGGUGGGGGCUCAGAGGUUCUCCAGUGCGGUAGGGCUGGUCACCAUUGUAGAGUGCUGCCCUGUGCUAUUAGGACCUCCUGUUCUAGGAAAGCUGAAGGACAUGUACGAUGCCUUUCACUAUGUGUACAUAGCCUGUGGAGUGGUUUUGAUCGUCGCGGGCAUCUACCUGUUCAUUGGCAAUGCACUGAAUUAUCGGCUCCUGGAGAAAGAGAGGCGAGAGGAAGAGCAGAAGUCAAAACAUGAAGCAACAGUUGACCUGAAUGAGACCAAACUGGACACUUUAAAUGCAAGCCCAGCUUUCCAAGAUGCAGGAGGAGAUUCCGACACAGUUAUCUGAGGGCGGGAAGGAUUCUGUUUGUUUUUUUACCGUUUGAUUACCUUGGAGUCCUGCCGGUUUUCACCCCCACCCCCCACACUCUUUCACACCUGGGCUUCUGGAGUGAUUGCUGGCAUGUUAAAGUUAGAGAAUAUUUAUUGUUGGGGCAUAAUUACCAGUAAUCUCCUUCCCCACCCUUCUUCACUUCUCCCCUUUCUUGUCAACAGUUCUUCUCAUUCUAGGAUGCCAAGCCCCUCAUACUGAAGUCUCCAGGAGUGAGAGAUAGAUUUCCUGGACUCAAUUCAGAACAAUCCUGGGAGUCAAAGAGAAAAAUGACUGAAGAAUUAGACUAAUUUUAUGUUAUUGUAGACAUGUAAAAAUGGCUGCAUUGUAAAGGUAAAAGGUUAGCUUUAUUUAUCACAUCUACAUCAAAACAUACAGUGAAAAGCGCCAUUUGUGUCAACAAACAAUGCAGUCCAGGGAUGAGCUGGGGACAGCCUACAUGAUGGGUGAUCAAGUGGUUGUGUGUUGAAAUCUGUCAUAUUGUAUCUGGCAUCCUUUUUGUAUAAGGGAGAAUGAAAUGGAGGGAGUGUAAUGAUGAGACAAAGGUGCUGAUCCAGCUAACUUGUCCUUAAUAACUUGGGCAUUACCAUGUAAUUGAUCCCAUAAGGCUUUGGGAGAGACAACAACCAGGCCAAUUUGGUGAUGGGGUGGAGGGAGGGGGAGCAUCGAUAUCUAGGAAGUAGCGCUCUUUUUAAAUUCCUUCCACACCAGCUCUACUUAGCAUCUAGAAAUUAAUCUAAAUACAAUGCUACUAUGUUGCACUCAUAGUCUUCUUUUACCAUUCAUCCCUUGCCUCUAGAGUUGUGGAUAUUUUGAAAUGUGAGGCAGGUCCCACUUAUUGGCUCAUGUACUGUGUAAGCUGGCAGGCUUUUCCAAAAGUCCACUAUUUCCCGGGAACAGAGCCUCCUCCUAAAUACCUAUCACGGGCUCUGUGUUAAAACUUCGACCUGGCCCUCUCUGGCAUUAGCAGUGCUGGGAUUGUUCCCAUCCUAUCUCUCCCCAUGUAAGGGUGGGUCAAUAUUAAAUCAACCUUAGCACCAGGGACAUUUACGUUAAUAAUUACUAGAAUCUCAAGCCAAAUGCAUGGCUCCCUCUCAUCACCGGAAACUGCCUGUUCAGGCUAUUGGUUGAGAAUGUGGAAAAAGCUGCAGGUUGCGUCUGAAAAGUAGUCUUUGGACAUAUUUAAUAUUAAACCAGUGUGUCUGAAAAUAAGCAUUUGGACAUGUUUAAUAUUAAACCAGUGUGUCCAGAAAUUUUAACAGAGGGUUCAGCCAGACUCCAAGGCUGAAGAGAGAUUGCAACCAGUCCUGGACCAUGAAUCUGUCAGAGUCCAAGGGCAUGAACUAGAACCAGAGUUCAGGCUGCUGUAGGGAAAGAUGAGGGACACCAGUGUAGGAAGCUGCUGUGAAGUCUUGGACAGCCUCCUUUUCUUGUUAAGUAAUGAUGCUCUUCUUUAAAUUUUGCAAUAUUCACUUCAUUGGAUCAUGGAAUCACAAAACGAUUUGAGUUUUAUGAGUGUGAAUGUCUUUUCCAAAGUUUGUUUGCUGAUUAUCUGUAGGACUUUACUCUUCGUUCUGGGUGGAUAUGCAGUUGAAGCCCUGGGAUUUUUAAGUCACUGCCAAGAACACUGUGUUGCAUGGAAUUUAUGAAGAACCUAUGGAACAUAUUUGGCUCAGCCAUUCAGUAUUGGUGUUUGUGCUUCCACUCCACCUAGCCCAACUUCAAACUUACCAGCAUAUCCUUCAAUUCAUUCCUCCCUUGCAUGCUUAGCUGGGUUUUCCCAUAUAUAUACUUUGGUUACCAUCUUCUGCCUGCAUUCUGACCGUACUCUGGAUAAAGAAAUCUCUUCUGAGUUCGCUAUUUGGUUUGAUAGAAUCUAGCCUUGAUUUUGAUGUCUCGCACAGUAAAAAAAAAGACACAGCUCCAUAUCUACUUUAGUAUGGAUUUCUUGGAUUGAAUGGCCUCCUGUGCCUUAAUAAUUAUUUCAUGACUGCAACCUCUUGGAAUUGUGAAGACUAAGGGCUUAUCAGCUCUUUUCUAAGAAAGCAGUCUUUCUUGAUAGAAAUAGCCAUCCAAUUAUGUUAGUGUAAUUUUUGUAAAUAGUGGCACUUCUGCAAUUAUUGACUAUCCUUUUGUGUAAUAUGGAGAUCAAAGUACUUCCAUUUGCCAUCCAUCCAAGCUUCCGCAUAUUUAAUAUAAUAAUAGUGUUAUAGAGCUGUACAGAACAGAAACAGGCACCUCAGACCACCAGUUCCAUGCUCUCUCCUUUUUCCAUUGCACUAAUCCCAUUUGUCCGCACUAGGACUGUGUCCUUCUAUCCCUUGCCUAUUUUAGUGCCUGUCUAAAUGUUGUUUAAAUGGAGUGUUUUUAUCUAAUUCCACCACCUCCUGCGAUAAUGAAUUCCAGAUUUCAAUCAUGCUCACUUUCUCCUCAAAUCCUCUUUAAAAUUCCUUCCUCUCGCCUUAAACUUAUGCCCUCUUGGUUUUAAUAACCCUGUCUUGGGAAAAUGAUUCUUAAUAUCUGCAUCUGAUAAUUGUAUAAACUGCUAUCAAGUUAUUCCUUAGUCUCCUUCCCUCCUGGGUUACCCAAUCCCUCCAUAAAACUAAAGUCUUCCAAUUCAAGCAAUGUCUUGGUGAAUCUCUGUUUUUGUAAUUAUUUUCCUCUGGAAGUGAAUUGCCUAUCGUCAUCAUUGCUCAACCUUAACUGGGUUAUUGGUAGUGAGCUGCCUCCUAGAACUUCUGCAGUGUUACGAAAUUCCCGUAAUUGGAUCACUUACCAGCAAAGAUAGAGAGGUCCUUUGAAGUCUGAUGGUACUAUUUUUAUAAGUUUUUAUUUAUAAAGGGGCACAAAACAAGAUUAAUACAGACAUUCAGAUAAUAUACAUCGUCAAUACUCAAUCUAAAAACGCGGGUAUAAUAAUAAUCAUCAGUUAAGCAAUAGCUCUAUCGUUUGUCUAGGGGAUAUUGUAUUGUCCGAUGGAAAGAUAGAAGUCACUGUCCUUUCAAGCUGCAGCUCUUUGGGUUUAAGAGAGAUGGUUUUAAACUUGCCCGGGUCUUUUAUGAGGCCAAUCCGUUGAGUCGGGGGAGUUGGUUCCCCGUUGUUAGUUCCAAGUCGUUUUCCGUGGUACCAGCCACCAGCCCCCAGGCAAGGGAACCGAACGCACGUGGCUUCCUUCAAAUGGCUUCCCGCUAUUACGGGAUCGCUAGCGUUUCUUCUGGUGCGUCUGAAGGGGUUGUUCCCCAGACCCUCUUUUAUACUUCCUCACGGGGUCUCAGAUGUCAAUCAGGUUGGGAUGAUGCAAUCCCUCAACCAGCCCACUCUGGUCAUCCCCUGAGGGGCUUCAAUGAAUAGUACAGUACUCAAUACACAACUUGGUCUUCCGGAGACAAUGGCCAUGUCCCGUAGCUUUACAUCGCUAUGGGGGGGGGGGGGCGGGGGGGAGAAACGUGACAUCCUGCACGUCUCUCUCUCAUUUCCUGGGUCUCCUGACCCAAAUCAAUAGUGAUCUUGCGAUUCUCACAAAGGAGGGGGCUACCCCGCACCCUCCGGCCCCUCAGAGCUGUGGUACAUUCAUAACAGCAGUCACUCUGGCAAAGGUGCCCCACAGUAGUGCUAGGCAGCAAGUUCCAGGAUUUCAGCCAGUGAGGACCAGGUGCGGCUGUUCUAUUUUGUCAGUGUUGUUUGUACCUUGGAGUGGAAUUUGUAUCUCUCCUUGUCUUCUUGUUACUAGAAGUUACACAUUUCACAUUUCCUGUCACAGAAGCAUUUUAUGAAAGUCACAACAACUACUGAUGCUAGAAAUCCAAAAUAAAAACUGAAAAUGCUGGAGUAACACACGCAGAAUGCUGGAGGAACUCAGCAGAACAGGCAGCAUCAAUGGAAAGGAAUAAAGAGCUGACGUUUCGAGCCAAAGCAAUCUCAGGCUGAAACAUCGGCUCAUUAUUCUGAGCCAUAGAUGCUGCCUGACCUGCUGACUUCCAUCAGCAUUUUGUGUGUGUUAUUUCUGGAUUUACAAAUCUCUUGUGUUUAGAGAAUGGUGAAAAUGUUCAGCAGGUUAGACUGCAGCUGAGGGAAAAGAAAUAAAUGUAAUGUUUUCAGUGGAAUAUCCUUCAUUGGAACCGAGAAGGGUAGAAAAGAAGCCCAAUAAGCUGCAGAGAUGGGAGGGUGGGGGUGGUCUCAUAGGGUAAAGCCAGGGUGACUGGCAGAAUAAGACACAAGCACAAUUGUCAGGUCAGUGAGUGGUUGGCAGCAGCUCGAGAGUGGGAAUAUAGGGACAAGAAUGUGCGAGCUGUUAAACUCAGAGCAGGAAGGUGUGCCUGACAGGUCAGGCUGGGCAGGUUUUCCACUCCUAAAGGGGGAAAAGGAACAGGUUGAAUUGCAUAUCUAAUGAGUGGCUUCCUUACAGUGAAGUUGCAAUUUAUAUUUGCUACAUGCUGUAGCUAUGGUGUGUUAGGUGGCGGAGGCUAUGAGUAGUUAAGAUGCAGAUCGAGUGAGCUGCUCUGUGCUGGAUAGUUUUGAGUUAUUGGUGGUUAAUGUUACACCUUCCAGUCAAAUCUAUUGUCCUCUUUCCUUGUGCCUUGUAGAUAACAGGAAUGCUUUGUCUAAGGGCUCUCAGUCCCUCCUCUAUUGUCUUACCCCUUUCCUGCUAGGAUUUAUGCCGUUUCAGACUUUAUUAUCUAAGGUUUUUUUUUAACCUUGUUGCUCACUAGAGUAGUAUUUGUCUUUGUGCCCACUGACACCAGAAACUCAACCCUACCCACACUCCAUCCCAUUAUUUAUGUCACAUUCCAUGUUUCUGUCAUUUGUAUCCAUAUCUCCUGUUUUUAAAAAUGGUCUCUGCUCUGUGGCAUUUCUUUCUGUGUGCCAAAGCUUUUACAACGGUUUUCCAUUUCUCUGUGCUAUGUUUGGUUCCGUGUGUUGGGAGGUCAGUGUACCUGCAUGUUUUGAAGCUGUGAUUGGUCCAGUAACCUGGUGCUCUGAAUGGUUUGACAUCAUAGAUAGAUUAUUGGUUUGGCUGGUCUGAUGCUUUAGUGAGGAAUGUGAAUUCUCUACCUCAUUUUUUCAAACACAAAGCCAGAAGCCACUGCCUUGGCAUUUCAGAGGCACAGUUUCUAUAUUCAGUGUGAGCUAUUGCUACAGGUUCAUUGAACUAUUUGUCCAAUACUUCAAUUUGUAAAAAUCAAAAUGAAGAUUAUAUUUUUGCUUUGCCUUCAUGUACACGAGUUGAAUGUGAAAUAAACAAUGUGAUGUUGAA